AUGGAGGCACCGGCUACUAGGAAUGCGAAAUUUAGAACCGCAUGUGACAGAUGCUACAAACUUAAAGAACGAUGCGAACGCGCAUCUGUCUCCGUCAACUGUGCACGAUGUGACAGGCUGGAUUUGAGUUGUUUAACAGUACGACCUAUGAGGCCCGUGGGCAGGAGAGCACAUCAUGCGGACUCGGUGACUAGAUUGGCCUCGAGGAAAUCUAGAAAGCAGGCGCAGAAUCAGCCUAGCAUUGAUCCAUCUUUGAAUGUGCUUUCUGAUUUACAGCCAGAAGAGGAGGAGUUGUUGACGUUUUUUCUGAGCAAAUCGGAAAAUCUAGAUCCAUUCAUUGCAUACCCAAGCUCUCGAUCCGGGAAGCAGCAGUUAUUUUCUGUUCAGCUAUCAAGUGCUCUUCCAUCGUUUAAAGAUGCUUUUCUUGCAUGUGCUCUAUCAGUGAAACAACUUCAAACAGACACCGCAGGUGAUGUGGGUACAACUUUCAGUGUUCGCUAUAUAUUGAAGGCUAUGGACGCAUUGCGUUCGUUGCCUGUUUUAUCUUCGCAAGAUGCAAUUCUGUGCCAUGCUCUUGGAGGCUUACUUGCAUUUUCAAUAUCUUCUGCAAUCGGCGUAGGAGUACCAGACAUUUGUCGUCACUGUCUAGAUACUACCACUCCGUACAUGACAACUGUUUAUGAUGCACAAGAUGAUCCAUGGGGAAGCUUUUUGAUCCUGUUGGAAACUAUGGACUGUCUUAUGCAUCGACAAAAACCAAUACUGAGGAUACGGGUACCAACCUCUGUUGUUAUUGACUGUCGUCUUGGCCUCUGUUUGCCUCUAUUACCCUACUAUCAUGAUUUAUGUGUGAUCAGUAACACACUCCUUAACAUAACUGACGCGAAUGAUCUGGCUCGCCUACAAAAGCAGCUAGAUGACAUACAUGGCAUCGUGGAGCCAUGGCAGCCAUCUCAGUUAAAUGGACUCAUUGAGCGCUUUGAUUCAACGGAAAUCGUUCAUCUUCUCGCGCAAGCCAAAAUCUACCGCUUGGGAGCUCUCCUAGUUGGUCAUAGAUUACGAUAUCCUUUUGGCCAGGAAGAUUCUCAAGCGGAAAUCUGGUCAAAAGAAGUAAUGAUGGAACUUGAAGUGGCAAAAUUGGUCACAAAGAGAUCUAUGCGCUUUGUAACAUUACCAUUUACUAUCGCUGCUGUUGAGGUUAGAGAGGAAAGUUCGCGUGUCAAAACGCUUGAGCGCGUGGACGAUUGCGUGGAUGACUUCGCUCAGUUUAUGCAAAAGGCUACGAAGACAUUUUUGUUGAGAGUUUGGCAUGAGAGAGAUGCAAACUUUACAACUAGGUGGUUUGAUUCGAUUCACAAACCUUGUCCUGUGUUGAAUGCUCUUACUGCAACUUGUUCGACUGGUUGA